AUGAUCGGUGAUGUGAUGGAUUUCGUCUGUCCGUCCUACGACUCCGGUGUGGACUUCAUGAAAACUGAACAGAGCAUUAUCUACAGAGUCUCUAAAGAGGAUUAUGAAACCUGCACACUUUCAUCAGAUGCUCGAGAACUAGGCCGAUGCAUUUCACCGAUGAAGAAAGAUAAAGUGAAAGUGUCUUUUAGACUGCUAAGCCCAAAUCCAUCAGCACUGGACUAUCUUCCUGGUCAAAUUUACUACUUUAUAACAACCUCUACCGGUACUCCGUGGGGUCUCGACAACCAUAAAGGCGGCCUUUGUUCAAGUCAUCAGCUAAAAAUGAUAAUUCACGUUGGAGAUUAUGGUAUGAAACUAAUGAGUAUUUAA